ACAAAAAGUCACUUUCAGCCUUUCCAUCUCCCUAGUAUCGUUCUCAAUUCCACUCUCCCAAAAUGCAAGUCAAAUUGAAACCCUAGCUGUCAAUUUCAUGUUCCUCUCCAAUUCUCUCAAUUGCCCACUCAAUUAUGGCCUCAAAUCCUCCGAUCGUUGAAGAUCCUUGCAACACCGAGACCGAAGAGGAAACUAUCGCUUUCAGGAAGAAGCGAUCAAGGCGCGUGAGCUUUGCUGACAUUGAGAUCACCUCCGUCCACAUCUUCAACCGCGACGAGGACUAUGAGACUCCUCCACGCUCCUCUGAGAAGAACUCGGGCUCCGGAAAUGCCUCCGAGGCAGAGAAUGAGGUGCUAGGGUUUUUCAGGGACCUCGCUGAUAGUGAUGAUUCCAAAGAAAUGUCUCCAACUGGAGAUGAUGACGAUGACGACGACAUUGUCAAUGCGAGGAAGUCGUUUCUGAGACCAAUUGAGUCACCUUCUCCUGGAAGUACUAUAGUUGGGUCUGCUACUUCGAAUGAUGAAGAUAAUUUUUUUGGUCCUGUAUCAGCAAGUUUUAUCAGACCUGGGCGAUUGUCUGACUCUGCUGCCUCAGAUGAUAAUCAUGAUAUUACAAUGGAUUCCACAGCAUUUUCAAUGCAUUUCCAUAGUCUUGCAAGGUCAGAUUCAGGAGGAAACACUCUUGUAGAGAAAACACCUUCCCAUGUCAGCACUCCUUCUGAUUCAGGGAGUUUUAUGGUACUAACAAGAGCUAAGAAGCUAAUUCCACAGGUUUCUCUUCCUUUUGAGAAAGUUAGUGGUGGGAGAGAUUCAAACGAAAUGAGUCUUGUUGGAGAAAAACCAUACAAUUAUGAUUACGGGGAACUUUCUCCUACACUUGAAGCACUUUUGGCAGAAGGCAGCAAAAAUCCGCAAGAUUCGUCUGUUUCUGAUUCUAACAACAAAAAAUCAUUGAAGAGGAGUGACCUUUCUACGUUUGAUGAGAAUCCGAGGGGCCGCAUAGAUGAAAAAGAUUACAUGGAUAAAGAAACAAGCAAUAUUGGUAAGCUAGACAUAUAUACUGAGGGAGAAUCUGCAGCUUGCAUGGAAUUGGAUGAGGUGAAUGGUGUUUCCUUGACCACCCUUGUUGAUCAGAAUAUUAGUGGUGGCUCAUGUCAUAGAAAUGAAGAUUUGGCAGCUGAUGUGGCUGUUGAUCAGCAAAUUCAAACUCCUAAUCAUCUAAGCAAACAAUUUUUAUUUCAAUUGCAGGUGAAUGAUGAACAUAGUAAACCUCCGAUUGGAAUGAACAUGCUUAAUGUCGAGCUCCCUGCUGCUAGUGGUGGUUGCACACUUAGUGUGGACAGUAAAGUUCGUCAGUGGAAUGUAUUUUCACAUGAUGAAUCGCGAAAAGAUCCCAUUGAGGGCUGCUUGGAAGAAACUUCUAACAAUAAAAGAGAUAAUUAUGCUGUUUAUCAGAAUUCUGAUCAACAACAUAGAUCUCCAGCAGUUGGGUCCAUAUCCUCAUUGUCUGCUAAACAGCAGAAAAUAUUUUUGGAUGCUGCUAAAUCCUGCAGACAAUUAUCAUAUGCUACUCCUUCCCCAAGACAACCAGGUUCUUUUUUUGGCAAGGAAAAUAUAAGCAGCAGAGAGAAUAUUUUGCCUGGUUACAGCAGUUAUAAGUUCAAAAUUUUUGAGCCUUCACCUCUUGCAUAUUCAUUGAAAGAUGGAAUUGAAAAAUCAAAACUUAGGUUAUCAAAGCUCCUUUCAUCUACAACGUCACCCCUCAAUGCUGUUGGUGAAGAGAACUGCAAAGGCAUUAAGGGUAUAAAUGCGGAUGCCCUGGUUACCAAUUUAGAAAAGCAUUUAUUUAGUGUUGAUCAGAAGAACAGAGAUCUUGAGAGAACAGACUACAGGGAUAGUGCUGGUGUAUGGAACCCUAAGAAUGAUGGCAGUUUGAGUGAAAAGGAGGGAACUAUAUGCCUUGGAGAAGAUGCAGAAACUCUGAUUCCUGCGUCUUCACAUAUUCUUUCCAAGGAGGGAGAUACUCAGCUGAUGUCAGAAAUGGCUUCACCUUCUCAGUUCACUUCAUCACAGAAUAAUGUCAGCGAACAUAUUUCCAUGCCAGAGAACUCCAAAAAACAGACAGUUGGUUUUGGCUCUGAUUCCCCAUCAGUCAAGAUUGAACUAGAUCAUGGCAUUGAUGUGAAAACAAGCAGACAACCUGGUAAGUUUGUUCCUUCAGCAAAAAUGUUGGAUCAGAGGCUAUCCUCAUCAACAGAAAAUCAUGGUACUGUCACUCAGGACCCUCAGAACUUUGAGCUUGUUUGUGUUGGCUUAGGACAAGAUAAGACUUCAAUAUGUAAUGUUACCAGCAAUAACUAUUCUGCUGCAGCAACUGAUGAAUCAGAAUCCAGGUUUUCUGAAGGCACAAAGCAGUCCACCUCAUCCCUCACAGAGAUUAAUCAUUUUGGAGACAUUGAUCAAGUGGAAAAGGUGCAUGACAAGCAAAGUUACCCUCCUAAUCUGCAGAAUGCAUCUGAAACCUUACCAAAUAUAGGAACUCCUUUUAAGGAGAGGAAUGCCCUGAAGUUCCUCUCAAGAAGCCCAGAUCGGAAUAUCCCUUUUGCAACUGACCCAAUCCAUUCUGAAGGCGAGCUUCCUGGGGAAUGGAAUGAAGCUUCUCUUUCUGCCUCAGAUUCCCUCUACAUUCAUCGGAGAAAUGUGAAUGAGUCAUCAUUUAUGAAGAGCCCCUUUAAGAAAGUGAUGACUCAGAGUCCCGUUAAGAAGGAGCAAUCUCAAAGGCCAUCCAAGAAAGAACUGUGUAAUUUGUUAAAUGAUGAUAAUGUACAAUCCUUGGCUCGGAAAAAUAUACUGUCUCCAAACUUCAAUACUAGUGUACCUGGUGAUAGUGACAGCCAUCUGGAACUCCAUGUUUCACAUAGCCAAAUUCCUGAACAAGAUAUUGAAAAUUCUUCUCUGCGGAAAAGAAGAAUUGAAGAAUUAGUUCCUGAGGAUGGAUAUCAUGAAGAUACAAUUAGGAGCAUCAAGAGGAGUCCAAACAUUCACAAAAGUCAGGGUUCUAAUUUUGAGCUAAUGUUGGCAUGUGCUAGUGGCAGUGAUGAUAAAGGAAAGAUGACAAGAAGUGACACAACGAUGAAGCUUUGGAGUGAUAUUUUGCUAAAAUUCUUGACAGAUACACGGCAGUUGUUCUCUCCAUUUAUAGAUAAACUAAAUAUAAUAUCGAUAGGUGUUCUACAAGAUAUUUUGGUUCACCAGGAGAAGAUUAAGGUUUAUGAGAUACUCUGUACCCAAAUACAGCCUCAGAAAAUGUAUGAUCAGUCCAGUGAAGUUAGGCAUAAAAGAGUGGCUGAAACAAAAAUGUUGCUUUAUAAGUUAGCAUAUGAAAGGGCAAGGCAGCAAUUAAAAUCUGUCAAGCAUAAGAAAUUACUGAAAAGAGCACAAGAAAUGAGCUCUGCGAUUCAUAGGUCUGAGAUGCUGAAGUCGAAACAAAAAUUUCUAUUUGUGCCUAGUGGCAGCGAUACUAUGGUUGAUAGUCUUAGAAAUUCGUGCACAUCUAAUUUGGGCAGCAAACAUGAGGUUUCUUGGGAAAAAGUGGCCACACUGAAGCAUGAAUGUGAAGCUUUAGAUAGGAAAAUAAAGAAUCUAAUGAAAUCUUUCCAGAAUUACUUCAAAAUGAAGGGAGAACCAAGCUGCUCUGAGACAAUUGUACUGCUCAAUGAUCACCUGAAGAAGAAAACCUCUUGCAGGCUUAUUCAUGAUGAUUUGAAGUUGUGGGAAGUUGAUGAUUUUGGGAGCAGAAAUGGGAAAGAAAAUAUUGUUCUCAACUACCAAGGCUUAAUCUCCAAAAGAUUUGUCAUAAAUGAUGGUCCUAUUCCUAGUAUAUUUGUUUCAAACGCAUUGAAUGACAUCAUCAUCGCAAAGAACUUUCCUAACAUGGAUGCUCGCGUGGCAUUUGCAUGUGUCCUAAAUGCUAAGAACACAAAGAAGCAUGUUGGGUCCAAAAGUUUUGCACAAGAAACACAAAUUACCUGUUCACUACUACAUAAUCUACUUGAUGUGGUUGGGGAAGUACAAUUAGCACAAUUAGAAAUUAGAAAUGUGGUCCAGACAUGCUUUUGUUCUUCCUCUGUUGAGCAGCUGGAUUUGCAGCUUUGUUUCAUUGAUUUUAACAAUGGUAGGAAGGUGAUGGUGACUCUUGACAUGACUUGUUUGAAAUGUGGGAUUUAUCCUUCAGACAUCCUUCCGUAUCAAUUACAAGCUUAUGUUUGUGGGACUUACACGUCGCUACCCGAGUCACUAUUAACUAAAAUAAAAGCUGCAGUUGAUGGUCUUAGAGUUGGGUAUUCAAGGAUUAUAAGGCUUUGCAGGUGUAUUUCCGAGGUGGUGCAGUCCUCAAGCACAUGACCAGUGCUUCAGUUCCUUGUAGGGAAAGAGAUCUGUUGCCUCUAGUUCAUUUCAUUUUUGUUUUCAUAAUAGUCAUAACUCUUUCAAUUAUCUCCUUGCUAUGAUAAAUUAGACUUGUGCUUCACAAUUAAUUCCGCAGGUGCGAUUCUCGUCGAUAUCUAUUGAUAAUUGUACUUUUGUUGCACUUAAAGGUCACCAAUUCAAUCUGAAUGUGGCAAAAUAUAUUACAGAAUUCUUAUUUUGAUUAAGUGAAAAUCUAAUUAAUGAUGUUUAUUUGAUAUUA